UCCUGGCAACAGAGACGAACCCAAACCAGCUCCUGCUGCUCAACAAGACCUGCAGGGUCUAAUAAUGGAAUACGGAUUGGACUGUGAGAAACGUGAGAAAUCGGCACGGAGAAUCCAGGAGUUCUGGAGAUCCUAUCAGGACCGAAAACUCUUCCACCUUCUGAUGAACACAGUACGCUCAGCGGAACAGUGUGUGACUCCUGCAGUUCUGCGUCAGUUCAGUCCUCUGGAGGCGAACCUGCUGACUGACCGCAGUCUGCAGUGUAAGGUCAGAUUCAGGUUCUCCGGGCCUCAGUUCCCACCUGUUAUCGUGUUUAAGAUCUUCCACACGGGCCGAGGGCGGCGCUACCUGUCCGGGAAAAAACUCUUCAGGCCGUCCAACCAGGCCACUGCAGACUCCUGUAGGAUGAUGGGGAACAGGAGGUUUAUGGAGCUGCUGAUGGAGGACGAGGAUCAGUGGCAUGGCCGAGAGAUCUCAGACCCCAUAGACAUCACCUGCAUGAGAGACUACGUACAGUACUCCAGUCACCUGGAUGAGUUACCUGCCUGUGUUGGGGGGAGAGAGAACGGCUGGAGGCGUCUGAGUCUGCAGGUUCUGACCCGGGACAGAGUAACGGACCCUGUGGUGGACAAACUCGAGAAGGAAGCACUUUCAAGACCAUCUAGACCCCUCAGGUUCCCCGCUGUCCCCCCCUCCUCAGCAGUGUCCAGCCGGCGGUCAGCCCGGGCUCAGAGCAUCUCCGCCCGCAGGAAACUCCUCUACACCCGCAGAGAGGAGCAGAGGGCUUUGGGUGAAGAUCAGGAGGAGAAACAGACUCACAGUGUAAUCAGUAUAAACAUCAAUCAGAUGAAUGAUGAAGACGGAGCUGACGAGGAGCUGAUUAAUCCUGACCCGUCGUCAUUGCUGGAGUUGGACGAGGACUCUCAGUGGGAAGAAGAAGCUGAGAAACUGUGCUGCUGGACCGGUCAGCUUACAAUUGACACCAUCGACCAGCUGGACUACAUCUGA